UUUUUUUUUUUUUUUUUUUUUUUUUUUUUUUUUUUUUCUUCUUCUUCUUUUUCCUCUCCCUUAUAUAAUAAAAUGACUGAUAAUACAACAACAAAAGAAACGAAUAAUAAAAGUAGUCUUUCAGAAGCUGAAAAGUUUUUAGAGUCUUUAAAUUUACCAGAUUCACAGACACAAGCAUCCAAUGAAACAACAGAGACAGAUCCUAAUGACAUCAUGUCUUUUCUUGAUGAAAUCUCGAACUAUCCAACAGAGGAUACUACCUCUGAGGAGAAACUAAAUGAAGACGACGUAAAGAAAGGGGAGGAUAUGACAACGAAAAAGAAUAGUAUAGAAAAUCAACACCAAAAUGAAGGAGGAGGAGGAUGGAAAGCUUGGAGUACUAGUUUUUGGAGUCAAGCAAGUGCAGCGGUAGACCAACUGAAUCAAUCCUCGGCUGCUAAAAAAAUAUUAGAGAGUCAAGUCAAGAAGUCCAUACAGAAUUUAAUGAAUAAAGAAAAUAUCGAGAAAUUAGGUACUGGUCUCAAGCAGUUGACAACGACCCUUUUGGAGACAGUCGCACCUCCCAUCUCUGAACAUGAACUCGUUGAAGUUUGGUUAUCGUAUGAUAUCGUGGGCUAUGCAGGAUUAGAGGCACUUGUCUACCGUGCAUUUGCUAGAGUCAUGGAAUAUACUGAAUCAGGUCAAGUCGUCGUUCGUAAUCCUAAUCAACAACAACAACACCACGAUGAAGAGACGACGACAACUGCUCUUAAUUUAAAUAUGUGUGAUUCAAUUAUAGACGGUACAAAACUAGCUAAAGCUAACAUUGAUCAUUUAAUCAAACUCCAUUUUACUCCUUCUUCUUCUGAAAAAUCAACUCAAUAUAGUCCUCAGUCGGGUGCUCUCCCUGUCAUUCACUGUCCUGUCUUCAUGUCUAUUCAACCAGUUAAAAUGACAAUGUCUGCUAUAGAUGAUGAUGAUGUGGAUAAUCAACAAUUGAUGUUUAUAAUCUUGAUGGUCGACCCAACAAAUAAGCUUCGAUUUAAAACAUACUCUCAAUCUGUACCAUUGAGUUGGCUAAAUAUCCCUUAUGAAGAUAAUGAAUGGGUUGAAGAUAAAUUAGCUGACAUCCUUCGUAUGUCAGUUACCUCCAUUGCUCAAGAUUAUGUCUGGACUCGUAUGUCGGGUAACAUUGAUAAUAAACGGAAAAAUGAAGAAGUAAUAGAAGAAAUAUAAUAAACUAUGUUGUUGUUGUUUUUUCCUUUUCUGUGUUUUAUAUUUACAAUGUAUAUAUAUAUAUAAAUACAUAUAU